AUGGCGCCCGCGAUGGAUCGCUUCACUCUCCCUGCCAUGUCCAUCUCGGCCUCUCUAGAUUCCAUCGCCAAGCAGCAGCCCUCGUGGCCUCUCACUCCUCCCGAUCCCUCGGAUCCCCCACCCAUGACCACCACCGCCGCCGCCAAAGAUGUCUCCUCAAUCGUCUCCGCCCUGCAUGUCAUGUCCACGGAGCGCGCAGCCCUUGCACACCUGGAACACCUCUAUCAGACCGACACCCGGGCCCAGCAGGAUCUGGCGCGGGCCGUUGACCAGAUCGCGCGGAGCGUGCGGGAUGGCGGUAAAUUGGUCAUCUCCGGCGUGGGCAAGAGUGGCAAGAUUGGACGCAAAAUCGAGGCCACAAUGACCAGCCUGGGAAUCUAUAGCGCCUUUCUGCACCCGACAGAGGCGUUGCAUGGGGAUUUGGGUUUGGUCCGGCCGGAUGAUACUAUGCUCCUGAUCUCGUUUUCAGGUCGUUCACCAGAACUCCUGGCCUUGCUUCCUCAUAUCCCGCUCUCAGUAACGAUUAUCGCUCUUACCUCGCAUAUACAGCCUUCAGCAUGUCCAUUACUAUCUUUGCAUGGUCCCUCCGGCAUGGGGAUCCUUUUACCAGCGCCUGUUCAUGAAGACGAAGAGAUUUCACUCGGUGUCAGUGCCCCGACUUCGUCGACCACGGUCGCCUUGUGUCUCGGCGAUGCCUUGGCUAUCGCUACAGCCCGGAAACUACACAUUACGCCGGGAAGAGGCCCGGCCGAAGUCUUUCGAAGCUAUCACCCGGGAGGUGCAAUUGGCGCCGCCGUCGCAGGAGCAACCACGCCCUUGACCACGCCGUCAAGCGCGGUGUCAACAUCAGCCUUCGACUCGCCGUCCUCGUCCAUCUCCUUGACGUGGGAGGAACUAUCCGGCGGCGCUCCAAUCCCUCCAUUCACCCUUCAACCGCCCCCAGAACACCGCCGCAUCCCUCUCGACAUGCUCGUCCCUCUUCACCAAAUCCCCACCGUGUCGACAUCUACCUCUCAGUCGCCUAACGACAUCCGACUCCUUGAUAUCCUCCUCACAGCUAUUCAGCAUCCCAACGCCAAAUCCUGGGUCUUCCUUUCGCCUUCGAUAAUCGUACCGCCACGGCGCAUCCGCUCCCUCCUCUCUCGCCAUGCUAAUGUCGACCUACGGGUCUCCGAAGCCGUAGCCAAAGACUCCGGUCGGCCACUCGCAGUCCCCCGAGCCAACUGGUUCCUAGUGCCCGAGUCCACCCCGCUCGCCGAAAUACGUCGCCUUGUCUCCACAUCCCGAGGCGGGCCAGAUCCUGUCUCCGUUAUUGCAGUUGUGAAGGACAUGACCUAUCCCGCCAGUUGCAUCGGUGUCCUGGAAGCCGAGGAUCUGUGGGGUGGUCGAAAGGCAGAGGACGGAUAA